AUGUAUUAUAAAAAUCCUGUAAGCACAAAUGUUCACGUAUUGACGCACACGAUCAUCGGCAAUGCACUCGUAACUCCUCCGUUGUUGCGGGUGUCCAUAAGCGGCACUGAUUGCUUACCAUCAGGUUGUCAAUGGGCUAUAAUACGACUGAUGAAAUGCUUAAGUAUAAACGGAAUAGCAUCUACAUCUCAGUUGCUGCACAGUUUCCACUUGCGAGCCAAUAUCGGUAUCAUCAUCCUAUCUCCACGACUCAAACGAAAUGCCACUGCGAACUUAACGAAACUCGUCAAUAAGUUGCAUCAGCUACAAAUGGAUACGUCAUCUUACGACUGGCUUAUAACGGCGCGGUCGAAUCGAGACUUUAGUUUCAUAAACGAAAUAUUAAAUGCAACGUCGCUUCGCUUUGAUCAAAACGUUAUCGUUUCAUUCACACAAACUAAAUACGUUUCAAAAUCAAACAAGUUGGGUCUGUGCGAUGCAAAUUUCAUUUACAAAGCGAGAAGUAAUUCUCAGCGUCGAUUGCACCGUGAAUACCAUCGCAAUGAAUACCGGAAUAGUUAUGGAAAACAGAAUACCAAAACUGAAUACGAAAGGAACUAUUACCGUACCUCGGAAAGAUUUAUAAACCUAACAAGGAACAAUACGUACAAAAAGAACGGGAGUAUUUUACCUUUGUUCCAGUCAGGAAUCACCAACUACAAUUACUCGAGGGUGUUCACUAUGUCGAAUAUAAGUAGAUUCUCUUUGAUAGAACAAUCUCGGAAAUGGAGCCUCGUUCACAGGCUGGAGCCGUCUGAGAGAGUGAUAAGUGUUGUACAGUAUUUUAAAGUACGCAGCAAUUCUACGCUCUACGCCAGUUUUUUAGGUAAUUGGGAUCGUGUUAAGUCCAUGUCAGGUGUCGAAGUUCCAUAUCCAGUUGAAGCUAGGAACUUCCUGGGUGAAGAGCUGGUGGUAGGAAGAUGUAAUUCCACUGGUGAUGGAAAUCCAUCAUUAGAAGACGAUGGCCCAUCUGCUGAAGAGAUGUUGGAUGAUAUCCUACAUUUCCUCACAGUGCGAUUAAAUACUACGUCUUCAAUCAGAAACUACAGCAAAUUGGGGUUUCGAACAUACGAAGGCACAUGGACUGGUCUACUUGGAGCUUUGAUGGAUCAUACAGUGGACGUGGCUUUGGAACCAGUGACUGUCCAUGCAGCUCGACGACAAGAUAUGGACUUCAUCUUUCCCAUUGCUGAGACCAUGUGUAACAUCUACAUUCGCCAGCAAGAGACUUCAACAGUCAGGGACAUAUUCCUGGCCCCAUUCAGCAUUCGUCUAGUCGCCUGUGUGGUUGCGGUGGUCCUGAUCGCUGCUAUUGCCAUCGUGCUGAUCAGCCACGUCACCUCAACCAUCUGCGUGAACAACCGCCGCAUGGGCUACACUGAAGCAUUAAUCUGGUCGACUGGGAUCCUUUGUCAGCAAGGUGGUACCUGGACUCCUUCGAAUCCCUCGGGAAGUGUGCUGCUAAUCGUUUGCCUGUUCUUUGCUGUGGUGACUUACAAUGCGUAUGCGGCAUUUAUAACCUCCGUUCUGUCUGUAAGAGUGGCCAGCGUCGAUACCAUCGCAGCUGUACUUCAUUCGCCGAACUUCAAAAUUGGGUACAUAAGGAAUGGAGCUGAUCAAAUGUACCUCAUGUCGACAAAAGAUGUUCAAUUGAAUGCUUUCUACAUUCGAGGAUAUUCGGAUGCGGAUAAUUUAGUGUCGUCGGCUGAAGAAGGGUUGGCCAGAGCCGCGAGUCAAGACUAUGCCUUCUUCGCAGGACAAAGAGUUGCUCGAGCCACUUUAAGGUCACUCAGUCAAGCUCGUGGUCGGUGCGCAGUCAGGGAGUUGCCGGUACAUUCCACUCGUGCGCAUCUCGCCUUUCCUCUGCCACGUCAGUCGCCUUAUGCCAGACCUACUCUACUAUCUCUUCUCCAGCUUCGCAGUGGUGGGGCUCUGGCCCGACUUGAAGCAGCACUGGUGCCAGAUAUGCCACAGUGUGCUCCACCUCCUGGCUUCGCCUCCGCCAGGGCCACUGACGUACGAUCUGCCCUCAUCUUACUUAUAGUCGGACUCAUUACGUCUCUUACAAUCGCCCUUUUUGCUGGCUUUAAUUUACCCGAUCUUGAUGAUAAUGUCAGGGCCCUUGUAGUAAGGGCACUACGAGUCUCGAUGACCAUCUGCCAUAUGACGUCAUAUGUACAUUUCUCAAAAUUGACGGAGGCGAAACAUCACAAGGCGAACCACAAGACAUGUUUCGGAACCGGCUGUAGUGUUGCACUUUUGAUCAUAAACAAUCGGAAGGCGGCAGGCCAAGGUUACGAACAAGGUGCGCCUAAAAAGGUCUUGGAGAAUAUUGUUGGAAAAAUCGGAAGGAAUUGA